CUUGGCUUCCACCAGUUUUCCCCUGUGCGCAAUGGCUUCUAACGAGGAAUUCUACGUUCGUUACUACUCAGGACAUAAGGGUCGUUAUGGCCACGAGUUUUUGGAAUUUGAAUUCCAAGACGAUGGUCUCUGUCGAUACGCCAACAACUCAAACUAUCGAAAUGACAGCAUGAUUCGAAAAGAAGUGUACGUAAGCCCCGCCGUGUUGCAAGAAUUGAAGCGUAUCAUCAACGAGAGCGAAAUCAUGAAGGAAGACGAUUCACAGUGGCCGCAAAAGAACGUGGUUGGUAGUCAGGAAUUGGAAGUGCGCAUCGGCAACACUCAUAUUUCCUUCGAGACAUCCAAACUGGGCUCCUUAAUGGAAGUACAGGAAAGUCAAGAUCCCGAAGGUCUGCGUAUAUUUUAUUACUUGGUGCAGGAUUUGAAGGCCUUGGUGUUUUCGCUGAUUACACUCCACUUCAAGAUUAAACCUAUCAAUUAGAAAUAUUUUGUACGGAAAAAAGAGGCAAAAAAGAAAAAGAAUGUAGCAUGGACGGACGC